CACACACACACACACACACGCAAAUUAUGCAAAACACACCCACCCAUACACCUAUCACGCACACCGCCGUCCUUUACCUGCCUACCGCCCUCCUCAACGCCUCACCCGCUCGUGCCUGCAGCCUGCGCCCAACAAAAAGAAGACGUUUUCCCCUUCCUUUCCGUGCCCCCUACGUCACUAUUGCCAUCUCUCUCUCUCUCUCCCCUUUUUUCUCCCCGGAAAAAAAGGGAAAAACAAAAACAAAACAAAAGAAAGGGUGCAUAUCCGAGUAAGAAAAAAAAACUAAUCAGGAAAGCUUACUUCAACUGUAUGUGAGACGUGAUGUAGAGACUACUUGCUUCGUCCCUUUUCGCUACACGUAUCUGCGGCCCUGCCGUUCGUCUCGGGGUUUCUGUUUUCUAGUGCCUUGAGUUGAGACAUACGCGGUGGGUGUGAGGGGGGGAAAA